AUGUCUGAUUUGGAAUCUUCGGCAAAUGCUCCGCAAUCACCAGUACCCUCUCAACGGAAACGCCUUUAUGGCUCCAGGAGCUACGCGGAUGAGGUAAUAGCUGAUGUUGAUUUGGCUGGAAGAACAAUUCUUAUUACCGGAACAAGUUCUGGAAUCGGCAUUGAAACUGCCAAAGCGUUGGCCGUGAGAGGAGCUCACGUCGUUAUGGCAAACAGAAAUUUAAUUUUGAGUGAGAAGCUGAAAAAUGAAAUAUUAGAGAAAAAGAGUGACGCUAAAAUUGAUUUGAUCAUGUGUGACUUAAGUUCCUUGCAAUCUGUUCAGGCAGCUGCAAAAGAAUUCAAAUCGAAGCAUUGGCCACUACAUGUCCUUAUACUGAAUGCUGGUGUGUUCGGACCAGUUCAAAAAACAACAAUCGAUGGAUUAGAGUCCUGUUUCGGAAUCAAUCAUGUGGCUCAUCAGUAUCUCAUUCGAGAGCUUCUUCCGGUUAUUCGACAGACUGAAAAUUCCAGAAUUGUCAUAGUAUCCUCUUUAUCACACACACACGCCGGGAUGAAACCAACCAUGUCAACUAACGAGAAGGUUGCAAAGAUCAUGCCUAAAGAUGCGACUGAAAACUUAUACAGGUUAUAUUCUUAUUCCAAGCUAUGUAAUAUCUUAACGGCCAUGAAACUUCAUCGAGAUGAAAAUAAAAAUGGCAUUUCCGUUUAUGUUCUUCAUCCGGGCACAAUGAUUGGAACUGACAUAAAUCGAGGAUUUGGAGUUGUUGGAAAAGCUUUCAACUUUAUGAUGAAACCUUUUGUGAAAAAUCUGAGCCAAGGAGCAUCCACCACGGUUUAUUGCGCGGCUUCACCCGAAGUUGCUCAAAUAAGUGGAAAGUACUGGGAAGGAUGUUGGGAUGAUGAGAAGAAUUUAGAUAAAGAAGUCGCCCACGAUGAAGCUCUUCAGGAAGCCCUAUGGCAAAAAACAGAUGAGAUCAUCGAUCAGUUUGAGCUCAAAAGACAGCCCAUUUCAACUUUGGCCGAGAAUUAA